AGUUAAUACUCAGGCUAUGAAGGAUUACGAUGAGUCCACUGCUUUUCUGGGUCAGUGGGGACGUUUCCAGCAGGUUGUCUUCUUCCUGCUCUGUGCCAGCAUCGUGCCCAAUGGAUUGGGCGCUUUCUCUGUUGUCUUCCUGACAGACAUUCCCAGACACCACUGCCUGAUUCCUGAGGAAAACCUGACUCAAGAUUGGCGCGAUGCAAUCAUCCCGAUAGAGGUGGUGAAUGGGAAACGGGAGCAGAGCAGAUGCAGCAGGUACAGGCUGGAUGUGGUCAGAAACCUCUCUGCUCAGGGCUUCAUUCCUGGCAGGGACGUCAACCUCACCGACCUGGAGCAGGAGGGCUGUGUGGACGGGUGGAGUUACAGCAAAGACAUCUACCAGUCUACUCUUGUCUCUGAGUUUGACCUGGUGUGCAGUGAUCAGUGGAAGCAACCGUUCACCUCCACAGCUUGCUUCCUGGGAUAUCUUGUUGGAUCCUUCAUCUCAGGACAGCUCUCAGACAGGUUUGGAAGAAAGCCUGUUUUCUUCGCCACCAUGGCAGUUCAGACAACUUUUUCCUUCUGUCAAGCUUUUUCACCUUCUUGGACGGUUUUCACCAUCCUCAUUUUCUUCAAUGGUUUGGGACAGAUAUCCAACUAUGUAUCUGGUUUUGUUUUGGGCACUGAGAUCUUGACUGGCGAUGUUCGGGUCAUAUUCUCAUCUAUGGGUGUGUGUCUGGGCUUUGCCAUUGGCUACAUGAUUCUGCCUCUCAUAGCUUUUUUUUUAAGGGACUGGAAAUCUCUCUUGUUAGCUAUCUCUCUACCUGGCGUGCUCUACAUCCCUCUCUGGUGGUUCAUCCCGGAGUCUCCUCGCUGGCUGCUCUCUCAGGGAAGAGUGGAGGAGGCCGAGGCCAUAGUGAGAAAGGCGGCUAAGACAAACAGAGUUGAGGCUCCAACGGUCAUCUUUAAAGAUUACAUUGCAAAUGAUGAUGACAUGCACCCUCAGGAACACCUCAAUGUUAUCAGCCUGGUGAAGACACAAAGCGUCAGAAGCACGACUGUCAUUCUCUGCCUGGUGUGGUUCUCGUUGAGUAUUGGGUACUAUGGCCUGUCCCUGAACACAUCCCGGCUUCAUGCUAACCCCUACAUCAGCUGCUUCCUCUCAGCAGCUGCAGAGGUACCAGCCUACAUUUCCUGCUGGCUGGCACUGAAAUACUUCCCACGUCGACUCUCUGUCAUCUUUAUCUUACUCCUUGGUGGAGUGUCACUGUUUCUCAUUCAACUGGUGCCUGAAACUUUAUCAGAGCUGGCUGUCGCUCUGGAGAUGCUGGGUAAACUUGUUAUCACCAACGGUACAUCCCUGAUGUACGCCUACACUGCAGAGCUUUACCCAACAGUGCUCAGGAACACAGCGGAAGGCGUUUGCAUUACUGUUUCCAGAAUAGGAAGCUGCCUUGUUCCUUUUUUGUUACAGCUGAGGGAAUCUUUUGAGUACCUGCCUUAUAUCAUACUGGGGACUCUGGCUGUUGUUUCUGCCUUUGCAGCUCUUUUCCUGCCGGAAAGUUUUGGAAAACCUCUACCUCAAACUAUUCAGCAAAUGCAAAAGAGAGAACGCAUGAAGUGCCCAUGCAUCACAAGAAAAGAACAUUUGAAACCUGUGGUGCAUUUGGAAAGUAGACUCUGAUUGUCAAACAUGAAUGAGUUAUUCAUAAAUAUUAUACUGCUGUAUACGGUUCUGAUAACACUGUUGUUUACACUUACUGUAUGUCGAUAAUGCCUUACGAACAUCGUUUUAAAAGUUUGAAGGCUUUUAUCACAUUUACAAGCGCUCACAAAUAUUCAGAUUGCUUUAUCACAAAAUCAUAGAAGGCUAUGAAGCCUUUUAUCAUGAUGUAUAAGGUCAAGUAUCAUAAUACUUCAUAUGGCUGGUCAAUGAUAAUUAGCAUUAAGGAGCACUAUGUUACAAAUAUGGCCUUAAUCAUUUUGGAACAAAGUCAAUUGUGCUGCGCUCGUUGAAAGCUAAGUAAAAUUACAAAUAUCAAAACAGAGCUUUAAUAUUAAAACACUGCACUAUUGUCUUUUUGAACAACAUUGAAAAGCACAACAUUUUCACUAGACAAAUGUUGCACAGUUGGCAUGUUUGUUGUGACACCAUACUGCUUUGUCAAAAAGCUAUUGGAUCUGUUAUCAAUAUCUUUGUUUAACCUUUGGAAUAUAUAACCUGUA